AUGGAAGCGAUGGGCCGUGUGGAACCGCAACGGGGCCUUGGCGCGGCCGGGAGCGUGACAACAUCAAAGAUGAACAGGGUUUUCGCGGAGGUUGCUCCUCAGAUAUCUCCACAAUCACAGAUCAGAGAUCUUCCAAAAUCGAGAAGAUUGGCACAUAUGACUAGGUCUCUUCACCUUACAAUUUGUAUGGCAAUCUGGCCCGGGGUUGUGGUUGAACCCAUAGCCACUCAACACAAUGAAGAACUUCAAGCUGAAUAA